AUACCAGCUGCAUAGCUCUCUUUAACCACUAACUUCCAGGUAGAUAUCAAUCAACCUACCUACAAAUAAUCAAGUUCUCAGUUGUCCACUCGGUUCAAUGUUGGCAGCCCAGUCUAGACCAUUCAAGUAAGAAAGAAAGUGAGGCUAUUUAUUUGUCUAAUCUGACCUCAUUCAUUAUCAUUACACCAAUUCUCGUCCUUAUCGUUGUCGACCCUUCCACCAUCGAUCAUCGUCAUCGUCAUGAAUUCAAUUGUCGGCUUCUACCUAUCUUGUCUCAGCUAGCAUGUUUAGAGCUUAGUUCUCCAAUUCUUCGAGUAGCCCUACCCGAUACCUAGCAAACUCCCCCUUGGUUCUUUUUUUAAAAUAUCGCCUUUUUUUACUCUCCGCACCCCUCCCCCUCCUCCCUGUAAAGAGAAGGUCUCCUACACCGAAGUCUUUUCCACGCACACACCUACUGCAAACAUCUACUACACGCCUCCGGGGAGACGGGCGUUCCACCAAUAAUUCCUGCCCCGACUUGCCCUGAACCCCAAGUGAGCCCCAAAAGGGUUUAAAGAGAAAAAAACGAGAGGUGAACGAUGGAUGACCCUUCGAGCCGCCAACCCAAAAACCCGCCAGGCGACGAGCCACAGCGUGCGCCAACCGCGACCGCCCCCGCCAUGCUGUCGGGUCUGCAAUCGUCCAUACCACCGCUGCCUCUAGCUGGUCACGAGCUUCCCUUUGUGCAGCCAUCCUCGUAUCUCAGACCUAAAUUUCGGAGUCGUACAACACCCGUGCCCACGACGCCAAUGACUCCCAUUGAUGAAGAGCAGUUGCAAGGCCUGAAAGGCCUGCGCAACUUUCUUCGAGUAAGAACCAGUUACGAUGUGCUCCCGCUGUCUUUCCGACUCAUCGUGCUCGACAAUGAUCUCCUCAUUAGGAAGAGCUUGGACAUAUUGAUUCAGAAUGGAAUUGUGUCCGCGCCUCUUUGGGAUUCGCAGCAGUCUAGAUUCGCCGGCCUCUUGACGGCUACCGACUAUAUAAAUUUGAUCCAGUACUAUUGUCAAUUCCCGGAGCACAUUGACGACGUUGACAAGUUUAGGCUCAGCAGUCUUCGCGACAUUGAAAGGGCCAUCGGUGUGCUCCCUUUAGAGACUGUAUCUGUCCACCCGUCGAAGCCGCUCUACGAAGCAUGUAGCCGUAUGCUGAAGAGUCGCGCUCGCCGAAUACCGCUCGUCGAUGUCGACCACGAAACAGAGAGGGAGACGGUAGUAAGCGUCAUCACGCAGUAUCGCAUUCUCAAAUUUAUUGCUGUCAAUACGGAGCAGCAUACCAUGCUUUUGAAGCAGGCAGUACGAGAGAUCGGAUUGGGAACAUACAAGAACCUUGCUACGGCCAAGAUGACAGACUCGGUUCUCUCGGUAAUCAAUCUGAUGGUAGUUCACAAUAUUUCCGCCGUACCCAUCAUUGAUAAAAACAAUGUCGUACUCAACGUGUUCGAAGCCGUUGAUGUCAUACCAUGUAUUAAGGGUGGGGUUUACGACGAGUUAAAGUCAACGGUAGGAGAGGCAUUAUCGAGGAGGCCAGACGAUUUCCAAGGCAUCUAUACUUGUCAGGAAGAUGACAGGCUCGAUUCGAUAUUCGUCACUCUACGUCAAUCUAGAGUCCACAGGCUGGUGGUGAUUGAUGAUAAUUGGCAUUUAAAGGGCAUUAUUUCCCUUUCGGACAUCCUCAAGUACGUCUUAUUUACUGGCGUUACUAGCGAUGAGGGUGAAUACUUCCCCCUUCCAUGAUAGGUUAUCGGCGACCUUUCGAGAAAUUUUGACGACGAAUACGACACCUUGGAAAUGGCGGCAACGAGGUCAGGAGUCUAGGGAGAUUAUUGAUGGGCAUUGCAGAGGAGUCUGGCGUUCGAAAGACUAAAGUGGUUGCAUAAGGAUCAGUCCUUUUGAGCCCACAUAGGUUUCCAUUCUCUCAGGUAUCUAGGUUAAGGAGGAAUUAUACGGUCUAGAUGGGGGAGGCUUUAGGCUUUGGCAAGAGAUAAAAUGGGUCUGGAUCUUACUAUGGCCAUACGUGUAGCGCAAGUCUUUCUUGUAAGUGCAAUACAUUUUGAGGAUGUCCAAGAUAGGAGGUUCCUACCUUUUCGCCGCACAUUAUCCCUGCAUAUGAUGAUAUCACGAUAUCGUGGGGUCGUACCUGCAAUACUCAAUACCUUCCUAGCAGUUAUGGAAUUGGAU